AUGGGUCCGUUCGACGACGACGACGACCGAGGCCGCCACUGUCCCAUCUUCCACGACCAGUGUUGCAUCAUCCACGGCGUCGUCAUGCCGCCUCCGCCUCCCCCUGCCCUGCCUCCUCCGCCGCCGCCGCUCUUCGGCCUCCAUUCGGGCCGCGCCAGCUCCAAGGCGGCAGCGUCCCGCCACCCUGGCCUCUGCACCGAGGGCCUCGGCUCCGAGAGCUCCGAGAGCUCGGGCGACCUCGACCUCGCCGGCAUCGUGGCCGACGACGACGACAUUGAAGACUGCAAGACUCAGCAGCAGGGGCACUCCGACGACGACCAAGAGGAGACGCCGGCGCCGGCAAAGGCAAGGGGCGGCAAGAGGGUGUUCCCGCCGCCCAUAUCGGUGAUCGGCGCCGCCGGGAAGCCGUGGCAGUACCUGAGGGCGCAGCGUGGGGGCGGCCGGCUGGUGCUGCGGGAGGUGAGGAUACCGUCGCGGGAGCUGCUCCACGCCUGCCGGGAGGACGGCCGCCUCAAGCUCCACUUUGCACACCCGGAGCAAGAUGAUGAUCAGGAAUGCAACAACUAG